UUGUUGGUGGUUGCCGGUGUGAUGGUGGGAGAUCCAAGUACAGCAACUGCUACUGCUGGAAGUAGAGGAUAAAGCUAUUCCGCAUGUGCACUGGUGAGUUUUGACAGCUGAGAACGUCGGAGUAAUCUAGAUAGAUACUACAUAAACUAGGUACAGCUUUUACAAGAAACAGUACGGAGCAAGUAACAACCGGCUUUGGAUCUUCAAAAGCCGGAUAUUCAAAAAAUUUUUAAAGUGAGUGAAAAAGCUAGUGUUAAUUUUUUACAUCAAUUAUUUAAAAAUAUUUAUAAAAAAAAAUGGAAAUGGACAAAGAAGUCCAGGGAAUGGAGAAAAUAAAACGCGAGACGGAUUCUACGGACGACUUUGAGCAUCUGGAGCAUCUUGCGUCACCGGAUGACAGCAAAGACAGUGGGAUAAAUAUAAUGGAUUCACAUGGGCCAAAAGAUUUAAUGGAAGUCGCGACAAAAUUAUCGGAGAGAAAUCUUCUGGAUACUACAGUGACUGAGGUGGAGGAUAAAAUUUUGCAGCCGGUUCCAGCGACUCCGCCACCUUCAGCGGAUUUGGAAAAGUUUAGCGGUUUGUCACCUAGUGCGCAGCCGUUGGAUCCUUUCGAGAUACUGCAGCAGCAGCAGCAGCAGCAACACAAUCAGCAACAACAGCCUAGUCAGGUUGACACUAAAACUGCGACAAUGGCGUUCAUGGAGACUGAAAGAAGUGGAAGUGGAUUUUAUCAAGAUACUCCGGAAAUGUCACCCGAGUUCGGGCGCAAAGAAUUCGAUAGUUAUAAAAAUAAUAAUCAAGAUAAAGAUCUCGAGGAUAAUCAAGACAGCGUUAAGGAUUUACUGAACCGUGACUCGCCUCUGAUGGGUGGAAGUGAUUCACCCGCGGCGAGUAUCUCUCCGGAUCUGGUGAUUGAAAAAGAAACCAAGCACAAUGACAACUAUGACCUUGGUGAGGCUGACGACCUCUCUGACAAACAUAAACAACACAUUGGCUCAGACUUGAGUCCUCCCGACUCUCUGUCCUCCUCUUCGUUUAAUAACGACAGCUUUGUCAAUAACACAACCACCAAAGACAAAGAUCAAGAUUAUGGAAAAAAAGAUGUCUUCCAUCAGCCCGAUGAUGAUAUUAUUGGCGAUAUAAAGUCGUCUGUUCUUCCGCAACCGGAGAAACCCCCGGUGAUGGACUUCCUCAGCGACGAACCGCUGCCUCAGUUUAAUGAAAACAGUGUCAAGGAAAAAGAAGUGCUAAAAAAUUCAAACAAUCCAGUGAAUGAUCUACACGAUGAUUAUUCUAUUGAUAAUGCGCCAACAAAACCGCUACCUCCGUUGCCCAAGGAGGACCCGGAUGAUAAAUUUGAAAUGACCCGUGAUUACAUGUCUAUGGAAAGUCACCAGCUCAAUACACAGGCUGGCAACGAGACUGGAGACUCGGAAUUUGAAUCCGAGCCCGAGCCUUCUCCAGCCAAGGUUCCUGUUAAGCCGAGCGUUUCUUCAGCAGAAGCUAUCACUCAGGAACGUAAAUUUACGAGCAGUUUGCCAUCCAAGAAAUAUCUUGUCGAGCAUGACGAAAUCGCGCCGAGAAAAAUUUUCUCCGAUAUGGGACUCGAUGCAUGGUUUAAUCCGGAAAGACUGAACCCAAAAGUGGCGGCAUUGAUUUAUUGGCGCCAGCCAGAAAAAACAGGAAUUGUUUUUGGCGUAGUAAUGAGCAUACUCCUAUCACUGACCUACUUUAGUUUGAUCAGCGUAUUCUCAUACACAGCGCUUUUGACACUAGUAGGUACAAUGGGAUUUCGUAUCUAUAAAACUGUUUUACAAGCCAUACAGAAAACUUCUGAUGGACAUCCUUUCAAAGACAUUCUUGAAGUUGAUCUUACACUACCAGCAGAAAAAGUCCAUGAAGUUGCUGACAUCGCUGUAGCACACGCCAACGCAGCUGUUUCUGAGCUCCGUAGAUUGUUCCUGAUCGAAGACUUUAUUGAUUCACUUAAAUUCAGUGUCGGUUUGUGGUGUUUGACAUACGUCGGCUCGUGGUUCAAUGGAAUGACACUCAUCAUCAUUGGAGUGAUUGCACUUUUCACGCUUCCGAAAGUAUAUGAAACGAACAAAGCUCAAAUCGACCAGAACCUCGCUUUAGUACAAGGAAAAAUUAAUGAAUUGACUGCCAAAAUAAAGGCAGCUAUUCCUCUGGGCAAAAAGGCAGAGCCUACGAAGGAGGAGUAAAUUUUCUAGUUUAUUCCAAGAAGAAUAGAAGAUCAAGAUCAUAAUACAUCACUAAAUUCACGUGGAGCUUUAAACUCAGCAGAAAUAAAAUCUAGACGUGCAUGAGACACCAAAGUGUCGGAGAGCGAUCAAAAUGACACGAUCCGUCAUUACAUACUUUAUAACAACUCAUAUAUUUAUAUAUAUUAAUAUAAAUAGCGUAAAGCUCUCAUAAAUAAAAAGUAAAAAUAAAAAAAUUU